AUGGUGGUGGUGCUUCUUUAUGUGGAUGACAUAAUCUUAACGGGCAGUAACUAUGAUGAGGUUGCUCGUCUACAAGAUGAGCUCUCGCUUCGUUUUGAGAUGAAGAAGCUUGGUGAACUUGGAACUUUCCUUGGUCUGCAAAUCGAAAAUUUCGAUAAAGGGUUGUUUGUAUCACAGAUCAACUAUGCAAAGAAGUUGGUAGAAAAAUUUGGUAUGACUGAUGGAAAAAAGAGCUAUACUCCUCUCGACGUAAAUCCCAGACUUAGUCGAGACGAAGGAACAUGUCUACCAGAUCCUCGUCCUUAUCGUGCUCUUGUGGGAAGUUUGAUUUAUCUGACUAUAACAAGGCCUGACAUUGUUUAUGCAGUUGGAGUGAUAUUGGUCUACUAUAUGAGAAAGAUGCGAAAUUUGUCUUGCAAGGAUAUGCAGAUGCUGACUUUGCUGGAGAUCGAGACGAUCGAAGGUCCACAUCUGGGUUUGUUUUUCUUUGUGGAAACACUAGCAUAUCUUGGAGUAGUAGGAAACAAGGAUCGAUAUCCUUGUCUACAACAGAAGCGGAAUACAAAGCAUCAACUCACGCAGCACAAGAGUGCAUAUGGCUUCGUAGACUCUAGGAGGAUUUUCAUGUCAAGUUUGAUCAUCCAGACAAAACACAUUGAGUUGGAGCAUCACUUUAUUCGUGAAAAAGUAUUAGAGGGAAUCAUUGAGAUGGUUGCAGUAGGGAGUGAAGACAAUGUUGCUGAUAUCUUCACAAAAGCACUUCUUAAAGGUCCUUUCGAAAAUCUACGAUCUAAGUUGGGACUAGUUCAUCGGGCAUCACUUUAA